AGGGACCCGUCGGCGGCGGCGCGGACUUUGCCCAGUCCGUCGGAAGUAGCGGACUGUGCGUCCGCGAGCGGGCCGCAGAGAUGUUGGCAUUCGCUACCAGGACCGUGCCCAGGCAAGUGGCUGCCUCUUGCUAGGUUCUGCUCACCCACUUGGUAGCACAGUUAGGCUUAGAGAUCCAGCCCAAGAGGCAGACAGACAGGGCUCAGAACCUCAGUCCUGCCAUGGAGAACGAGCAGCAAAAAGAGAAGGUGAAGCCCCUGGGCCUCCUCAAGCCCUCCUCCUUGAUGAAGGUUUCCAGUCGCUUUAAGGCACACCAAGACUCGCUCCCCCGGCUGCCCGUGCCCCCGCUCCAGCAGACCCUGGACCAUUAUCUCAAGGCACUGCAGCCCAUCGUGAGCGAGGAGGAAUGGACCCAAACCAAGCAGCUGGUGGAAGAGUUCCAGGUGGCAGGCGGCGUAGGGGAGCGCCUGCAGAAAGGGCUGGAGCGCAGGGCCAGGAAGAUGGAGAACUGGCUGUCCGACUGGUGGCUCAAAACAGCCUACCUCCAGUACCGCCAGCCCCUGGUCAUCUACUCCAGCCCUGGUGUGAUGCUGCCUAAGCAGGACUUUGUGGAUCGGCAGGGCCAGCUCCGGUUCGCUGCCAAAUUAAUUGAGGGCGUGUUGGAUUUCAAGGCCAUGAUUGACAACGAGACUCUGCCCGUGGAGUACCUGGGGGGCAAGCCACUGUGCAUGAACCAGUACUAUCAGAUCCUGUCGUCCUGCCGCGUGCCAGGCCCCAAGCAGGAUUUGGUCACCAAGUUCAGCAGGACCAAGAAGCCGCCUAUGCACAUCACCGUGGUGCACAACUACCAAUUUUUUGAGUUGGAUGUGUACCACAGCGAUGGGACACCCCUGACCUCGGAUCAGAUCUUCACGCAGCUGGAGAAGAUCUGGAACUCGUCACUGCAAACCAACAAGGAGCCCGUGGGCAUCCUCACCUCCAACCACCGUAACUCCUGGGCCAAGGCCUACAGCACCCUCAUCAAAGACAAGGUGAACCGGGAAUCAGUGCUCUCCAUCCAGAGGAGCAUUUUCACUGUGUGCCUGGACGCACCCAUGCCUCGGGUCUCGGAAGACACCUACCGCAGCCAGGUGGCAGGCCAGAUGCUGCACGGGGGCGGCAGCAAGCUCAACAGCGGCAACCGCUGGUUCGACAAGACACUGCAGUUCAUCGUGGCUGAAGACGGCGCCUGUGGGCUCGUCUAUGAGCAUGCGGCAGCCGAGGGGCCCCCCAUCGUCUCCCUUUUGGACCAUGUCAUGGACUUCACGAAGAGGCCGGAACUCGUGCGGUCUCCCAUGGUUCCCCUGCCCAUGCCCAAGAAGCUGCGGUUCAACAUCACACCUGAGAUCAAGAACGACAUUGAAAAGGCCAAGCAGAAUCUCAGCAUCAUGAUCCAGGACCUGGACAUCACAGUGAUGGUGUUCCACCACUUUGGAAAGGACUUCCCCAAGUCAGAGAAGCUGAGCCCAGAUGCCUUCAUCCAGAUGGCACUGCAGCUGGCCUACUACAGGAUCUACGGGCAGGCCUGCGCCACGUACGAAAGCGCCUCUCUGCGCAUGUUCCACCUAGGCCGGACCGACACCAUCCGCUCAGCCUCCGUGGCCUCGCUGACCUUCGUCAAGGCCAUGGAUGAUCCCAAUGUGACGGAGCAUGAGAAGGUGGAGCUGCUGCGGAAGGCUGUGCAGGCCCAUCGAGCCUACACCGACCGGGCCAUCCGUGGGGAGGCCUUCGACCGGCACCUGCUGGGCCUGAAGAUGCAGGCCAUCGAAGACCUAGUGAGCAUGCCGGACAUCUUCAUGGACACCUCCUACGCCAUCGCCAUGCACUUCAACCUCUCCACCAGCCAGGUCCCCGCCAAGACAGACUGUGUCAUGUUCUUUGGGCCCGUGGUGCCAGAUGGCUAUGGCGUCUGCUAUAACCCCAUGGAGACGCACAUCAACUUCUCCGUGUCAGCCUACAACAGCUGUGCCGACACCAACGCCGUCCACCUGGCACACUAUCUGGAGAAGGCACUCCUGGACAUGCGGGCUCUGCUCCAGAGCCACCCCCGGGCCAAGCUCUGAGCCCGCUGCUUGGCCUGCCGGUGCCACAGCCACACCACCUUGGGCUACGCCACCCACUCGGCUCCUCCUCUUUGCUCCCUCUUCCCCUGGGCCCCACAGAUCUCAGUCAGGGACAGCCACCCUCAGCAGGGUCUGCAGACCCAAGCCGAGUGCCUUUCAUGGGUCUUCACCAGCACCCAGGCUGAGUCCAGAAACUGAACAGAAGGUCGGCCCAGGCACCCACCGUGGCCUCCUCCUGGGAAAGGAACUAGCCGAGCUCAGCCCUCAUGAGGGUGGAGACUGGACAGGCCCUUCCUCACUAGCUCAGCUCUGCCCAGUUUUUGUUAGCUGCGCGGCCAGGCUGAGGUCUGUAGCCUGAUUCCUCAACUCGCAAGGACCUAGAGACGGAAUUACAUGGAGCUGGGGUCUCCAGGCCUCCCCACAGCUAAGGGGUCAGGAAGUGAGGUGUGCUGGUGGCGGGGAAGCCCAUUCUGCAUCGCUGCACCAUCCCCCUGCUCUUCUGAGGAUGUGGCUCAGUCGGCCUCAGCUCGCUUGCUUUCACACGGCUUGAUUCCUGAACCAUGUCCUGGUUGUAUAACAACUUACAAGGCACUUAAUAAAGGGGAAAUGUGUUAGUAAA